ACUCAAGUGUUCUUCUUUCUGUUCGUAGAAAUGUUCGUGAAGCUGCAACUCUUGUACCCCCAUACACCCCUCCUCGCAAACGCAAACGCAAACGCAAACGCAAACGCGUUUCUUCUGCCAGAGAAAACCGAACAAGUCUCCCCCACACGCAGAAAACAAAUACUCCCUCUUCAUAAUGGCACCGUUAAGCAAGAGACCCAUUCGAAGAAACGCCGUCCGGAGAAGAAUCCCGAAGAGGGUGUUCCCAGAAAGAGCAAACCGGAGAAGUCGCACACCAAGUGUUCGACGAAACGCGUCUCUUAUGGUGGAUGCAUUCCGGCGAUUUUAGAAGCAUUGGACGCAGUUCUCGGUGUGGACGAGGCUCUUGGGCCGUGGGAGGAGAGGCUUAGCAACAAGGAGAGGAGCAUCAUUUUGAAGGAGCAGCUGAGGUGGGACAGAGCUUUGGAGAUUUUCGAGUGGUUCAACAAAAAGGGUCAUGAAUUGAACACGAUUCAUUACAACAUCAUGCUGAGGAGCCUUGGCAGGGCCCGUCAGUGGAGGCGCGUGGAGAGUUUGUGGAAUGAGAUGAAUGCUAGAGGCAUUGCUGCCACCUGUUCCACUUAUGGAACUUUGAUUGAUGUUUAUAGCAAAGGAGGGCGCAGAGACGAUGCGCUUUCUUGGCUCGACAUGAUGUUGGGACAAGGGGUGCAGCCUGAUGAGGUUACUAUGGUGAUUGUGGUUCAGUUGUACAAGAAGGCAGGAGAGUUUCAGAAAGCUGAGUAGUUUUUCAAAAAGUGGUCAUUGGGUAAUGAUAACGCAAUGGCUACUCUGGAAUUGGAUGAGAGGGUUGUGUGUGCUAAUGCUUCUUUUGGCUCGCAUACUUAUAACACCUUGAUUGAUACGUAUGGAAAGGCUGGUCAACUGAAAGAGGCAUCUGAGACUUUUGCGAAGAUGCUUAAACAAGGCGUGGCACCAACCACGGUGACAUUCAAUACGAUGAUUAACAUUUGUGGAAACCAUGGACAGUUAGAGGAAGUAAGUUUGCUUGUCCGGAAAAUGGAAGAACUUCGAUGCUCGCCGAACACAAGGACAUAUAAUAUUCUAAUCUCUCUUUAUGCUAAGCAUGAUGAUAUAGGCAUGGCAACAAAGUAUUUUGAAAUAAUGAAGGAGGCCUGCCUUGAGCCUGAUCUUGUGAGUUACCGUACUCUUUUGUAUGCAUACUCAAUAAGGAAAAUGGUUGGUGAAGCAGAAGAGCUUGUAAAGGAGAUGGAUGAGAGGAGGCUUGAAAUUGAUCAAUAUACCCAGUCUGCUUUGACUAGGAUGUACAUAAAAGCUGGAAUGCUUGAUCAGUCCUUGUUAUGGUUUCUGAGGUUUCAUGUAGCUGGCAAUAUGACAUCUGAGUGCUAUGCUGCCAGCAUUGAUGCAUAUGGGGAGCAUGGGCAUACAUUGGAAGCCGAGAAAGUCUUCAUUUGGAGCCAAAAACAGAAGAAUCUCAGUGUCCUUGAGUUCAAUGUGAUGAUUAAAGCUUAUGGCAUAGGGAAAUGCUAUGAGAAGGCAUGUCAAUUGUUUGAUAGUAUGGAGCAACAUGGUGUAGUUGCAGACAGAUGCAGCUAUACUUCUCUCAUACAAAUUUUGACCACUUCUGACCAGCCGCAUAUGGCCAAACCAUAUCUGAAAAAAAUGCAGGAGGCAGGAUUAGUAAGUGAUUGCAUCCCAUACUGUGUUGUGAUUUGCAGCUUUGCAAAAUUAGGCCAAUUGGAAAUGGCUGAAGAUAUAUACUGGGAAAUGAUUAGGCAUGGUGUGCAGCCUGAUGUUAUAGUUUACAGCAUAUUAAUCAAUGUUUUCUCUGAUGCUGGAAGGGUUAAAGAAGCCAUCAGUUAUGUUGACGAAAUGAAGAAAGCUGGCUUGCCAGGGAAUACAGUUAUAUAUAAUUCAUUGAUCAAGUUGUAUGCAAAAAUUGACAACCUGGAAAAAGCACAAGAAGCAUACAAGUUGCUUCAAUUAUCAGAAGAAGGUCCUAAUGUAUAUUCUUCAAACUGUAUGAUUGAUCUUUAUGUUAAGCAAUCUAUGGUUGGCCAAGCAAAACAGAUAUUUGAUACCUUAAAGAAAAAUGGAGGUGCAAAUGAAUUUACAUUUGCAAUGAUGCUAUGCUUGUAUAAGAAAAUUGAAAGGUUUGAUGAAGCCAUUCAAAUUGCAAAACAGAUAAGAAAAUUGGGACCCUUGACAGAGUUAAGUUAUAACAAUGUGCUUGACCUGUAUGCUAUUGCUGGGAGACCCAAGGAAGCAAUAGAGACUUUUAAGGAAAUGGUAAGAGCUUCCAUUCAAGUUAAUGAUUGUAGUCUUAGAUCACUUGGAAAUCUUUUGUUGAGAUAUGGAGUAUCAAGGCUGGCUGUUGGCAAAUUAGAAGCAUUGGUGAAAAAGGAUGCUUCCAACGGUUUGCAGGAAUGGAUGUUAGCACUCUCAAGUGUGCUUGAAGUAGAUGAUUAUGAUCAUGACUAGAUAUAUCCUCUGCAAUCAAGCAUGCAAAGUUCAGUUGAUUGUUUAAAUGACACUGCGUUAAAGUUGUGAGAAUAGACAAACAACUUUUGAACGUGAUCUAUUCUAUGUAAACCUUGCAAAGUUGCAAUAUGACUAUGGACUGAGGUAUGAGGAUCACCUUGUACUUUUUGCCAAAUACGGAGCAAAGAAAUUCUGAAGCCGAGACUUUGAACUGAUGCAGCGAGACAGAAUCCAAGCAUAAAUCUUUUAAAUUUGGUUGGACCUAAGUGUAAAUUGAAAGAUAAAAGUGUACUUUAUGAAACCCUAUGUUGUAUAAAUUUUUCUGUAUUUAAUGUAAAUAUAAAUUUCCUUUUUCA